CAAAUUCACGAUUUGUUUAUUGUUUUUGAUUUCAUUUUACACUUUAUUAUCGCUUUUCAGACAAAUUAUGUCCAAAAGUGUGUCCAACAAGUGGUCAGACGUUUGGAUCAAACCAUCGUUUGACACAUCAAUGGCUCCGAAGGCUAAGAAACGACAGUUUAGUGAAGACACGGCCGAAGACACGACCACUACUACACCCGACAGUCAGUCAGCGGAUCCGUUGGACUCAUUGGUGGCCAACGAUAGCAAAGAGUUGGCCAUCAGUUCCGCGAAAUGCAAACAAUUGAGUCAAUGGUUUAGCAAUCAUUUCAGACACGAUUCAAACGGAUCCAAGUUUUUGCUGCUCAACGGACCGACCGGAACAGGCAAAACCACAUCAUUGCAAGUAUUGGCCAAAGAGUUUUCGGUGGAAGUGAUUGAAUACAAGACUUACAGCCAAUGGUUUGACACCGUUUUGGACGAAGAGAUGAACGAAAGACGAGAAAAUGUGUUAAAACUUGAGAAUCAGAUCCAAGACUUCAAACACUUUAUCGACGUUUCGGUUCGAUAUGCCGGAAGUCGACUGUCUUUUGAUGACCAAACGGGAGCGCCAGUGACUUCGGCUCCAAACGGAUCUCGAAAUCGUCUUAUUCUGAUCGAAGAGUUUCCAAAUGCUUUUUAUUUAAAACCGGAAGCGCUUCACAAAGAACUUAGAUUUUAUAGCAAACAUUUUGGCCAUCGAUUGAUUCCAAUAGUGUUCAUCAUUUCGGAGACAACUAAUGGACACUCAGAUGAAUAUAAAUUACUGCCGAAAGCCCUGCAAAUGGAGCUCCAAAUGAGUGUCAUAUCUUUUAAACCAAUUACUGAUAAUUCUUUACAUAAAGUUAUUAAGAAAUUCACAGAUAAUAAGUUGUCGAGGAAUGAGAUGCAGAAACUGGUCGACAGUUCGUCCGGUGAUGUGAGGAAUGCCGUAAAUAAUAUACAAUUAGUUUACAGACAUUUAAAUACCGGUAAUAAUAAAUGUGAUAAAAAGAGUAGAAAAAUACCAAAAGUAGAUACAAUGGACUCCAUGUGUGACCAUAUAUUAAGGGAUCCGUCGCUGACCAUCACUCACGCCGUCGGAAAAGUUCUUUACGCCAAACGUCAGUCAGAUAUUCAGUCAAACCAGUCCUCAAAUGUGAGUACUAGUGAUGUUAGAGUGGAUUCUGACUACGAAUUGCCGCCACAUUUGAGUGCUUUUCGACGGAUACCACUCAUGGAUAGUCCCCAAAGUAUUGCCGAUAAGAUUGUUGUGUCGAGCGAUACGUUCAACGGAUGGCUGCAUCAGAAUUACGUCGACUUUUGCGAUAGUCUCGAAAGCGCCCAAAACUGUAUUCAAUGGUUGUCUCAAUCGGACGCCUUCUUCACCGGUGAACACCAUUUCAAUGAAAAGAGUGUCUUUGAGUCAUACCAGUCGUCGCUCGCCAUCGGAGGCCUUAUGUUUCACUUACCGGCGAGUAAUCGACAGAUGAGUGACGCGGAAGUGAUGUCUGACGGGCGGGAAAGGAGACCACCGAAGCGGACGUUCAAACCUUUCGAUAAACCGCAAACUCAAGCCGUCAAUCGUUGGGCGGAUUCAAUGAAACGUCAAAUCAGUGAAACGGUGUGUAAAUGCGAUCCGUUUUCACGCGUUAACAGUAUUGUCUUGGAUUUGAUGCCAUUCUUGUCACAAAUGCCACAACAUUUGCGUCUAAAAGACGAGUAUUUCAAAUACCUUUUGUCAAAAAUUGUGAGCUUUGAUGGCAAUUGUGAUGACAAGCAAUUCAAUGAACGCGAACUGUGUUUGGCUUUCUCUCACUCUUCAGUCAAUCGCGAGUCGGAAUCAACGAAUCAUACGAUUAUUAAAACACAAAUCACUGACAAAAAUGAAAACAAUUGUAAUUUUGACGCCAAUGACGAAGAAGACUAUACUAUAGAAGACUCUGAUUGCGAUUGAAUAUCGGAUUUAAAAGCAAUUUUAUUGACUUAUUAUACGGCUUUUAUUUUUAUUUACAGGACUUUUAUUAAAAUUUAUAAUAAUAUGAAUAAAAAAGAAAUAAAUUUAAUAAAAUUCUCCAUAAAAGCAA